AUGGCAUCCGAACACAACCCCUUCCGCCGGAAGACCGCCUCGACGUCCUUCUCUUCUACUCCUCAGCCCGUUUCCACCUCGGCCUUCCUCGAGUCUAUCACAUCCGGCAUCUCCAAAGAUAACGUGCCUGAGGGACGACCCGCCAAAGCCAAGGUCGUGAAAAGGGUUAGGGUGCUCUCGCCGCCGCCGUCUUCACCCUCCUCCCCAGAGUCGGUGAAUAGCAGAGGAUUUGGACGCCAGGACGAUAGCAGUGACGACGCCUCGGACGACGAGGACGACCAGUUCUCCAAGAGGUUUCCCGAGCUUCCCGACGGCUUGGACGAGGCUGCGCCGCUACGCCUGGCCAAUGCAGACCCCACCAUCACGCCCGACAACCCAUUUGGCAAAAAGUUGCAGGAUGUCGGAGGUCUGGAUGCGGGGAAUGCUUCAUCUGGGGGCCAGGGCAAAUCCCUAGAUGUCAAUGCCUUCAAGAUGCUACUGCUCACUGGCAAAUCCGGGGCUGCUUCACAAGGCGGCAACGCUGCGGGGGCGGCACAUGCGGCGGGAUCAGAUGCGUUCAAUCCCGCUGACCCGGACACCCCGUGUUCGUCAUCGGACAUCGCGGACCGCGGCAUCACACUGGCUUCACCUCCGUCUAGGAGGAAGCCUCCACCGCCGAGCUCAAGACACGGGAGAAAGAUCAGCAUUCAGACGCCAGAGCGGCCUCACAUCUCCUCUGAGAAUGCAUCGCCGAUUUCUCCGUCCGAUGUGAACAAGCCGCUCCCUCCGGCUCCCAGUUCUCACGGUGGAGAUGGGACGGAAGAUGUUUUCGCCCGAGAAGCCGCUGGCAAAGUCCCCGAGCAGGAUCCCCCCACCCCAGGUUUGACCCCGGUUCAGCCGGCGUCGGGGAAGAAGCCGACGCCAGCCCCGCCACCAAGACGGGGCCAUGCGAGGAGUCAAUCCCUGACAGCCUCCGCCGGGGCUAAUGCUCCGAGCAUGACGGGCUCCGAAGCAGACACGCCGCCUCGGUCUUCUCUGGAAUCGCAACGCUCGCGGUCCGAGAGCUUCAAAAGUAUCAACGCUCCGGCGCCGCCGCCUCCUCGGCGCCCACAUGCGUCACACCGGCAGUCGUUUCAGCUUGCCUCCCCAUCGACUGCCUCGUUCAACGCUGCCAGCCCUGCCCCGUCAGACGUUGAGAAUCCCGCCUCGGAGAUCACUCCCCCAAAAAUAUCUCCUCCGCCGCCGCCACCUGCGCGGAACACAUCAACACGGCGGCCACCAAGUGUGAGGAGUUUUGACGCAACAAGUAGGAAAGCUAGCGGUGGGAAAGAAAACGCCCCGCCACCGCCCCCUCCUCGACAGCGAGGCAGCAGCCGUGGCAGUAUGGAUGGCUUCGCUGGGGCUAGGAGACCAAGUAUUGAUAGCACGAGGGGCUUCAGCACUAAUGUGCCAGAGGAGCCCGGUGAAGACGGUUCGCAGGGAUACGCCGACCCAGGCAAAGGAGCAGAUAUCCUGGCCGAUCUGGACGCGCUGCAACGGGAGGUGGACGCGCUGAGAGCACAACAACCGAAAUAG